AUGGCUAGAGUCGAGAAGUUGAUGAAAUUGUCUAGUGGGAAGAGGAGGCAUGCAGGAAGCAGAUAUGAGCAGCUCAGAUCAUCAUAUGAGAGAGGGUGCCAGAAAUGGUAUGCGAGUAGCUGCAGUUAUGUAGUUGAGAGUUUAAGGAUGAAGUUGAAAGAACUGAAAGAAUCUUCAGAGGCACUCCAAAAUCAGAAUUCUAUGCUUCAAUCUGAGAAGAUAACUCUUGUCCACCAGGUUGAGGGCAUCACUGUAACUCUGCUGAAUUUGGAAAGGCAAUACAAAGAACUAGGAAGGCGACACUCAGAUCUGCAGAAGGAGAAGGACUUGGUGCUUGAUGAAGUGAUCAAGAUACAGGAACAGAUAAGGCUUGAGAGGAAGGAGCAUGAAGAUUGUACACAGUCAAGCAACACUAGAUUCGAUGCUCUACAGAAAAAGAUUAGCCUACUAAUAGAAGAGGGUAGGAACAGAGAGGUGCAGCUUGGAGAGGAGGAGCUCAAGAUUGUCAAAGCUCAGAUAGAGAUAUUUGUCUUGCAGCAGUGUUUGAAUGACAUGGUGGAAGUAAAUUCUGAAAUUGCAGCACAACUGCAAAAGAAUAAAGAAAUAUGCAAGGUCCAGGAGGGGAAAAUGUACAGCUUAUCACAGCAUAAUCAGAAACUAACUGAAGGGAUUGAUUCAGUAGUGAGAGUAUUGCAUCUAGAUCAGAAGUAUGAAUCCUUAGACCAAAUGAAGCUAGAAAUCAUUGUGCAGCUCAUCUUAAAUGAGAUCAGCUGCCUGCUGAAUAACAUAUCCGAUGCCCAGGAUGUGAAGCAGAAUGAGCUUGUUGAGAAGUCACUUGUUGUUACACUUCUGGAGCAUUUCGGGCACGAGGUUGCUGACUUAAGGCCAGAGCGGAAUGUCUUGAGGCAAGAUCAGCAGAUAAAGAAUGAGGAACUGCUCCAGCUGCAGAGAGAAAAGGAGGAACUUAUGAAGAUAAGUGAUGAAUUCUUGGAAGAGGUGGAGGCUCGUAACCACAAAGUGGAUGAGCUAAAGGCUGAGGCGAAGUUCUUAGUUGUAAGGCUCUCGGAACUGCAAGAGUCUAGGAGGUCAUUGCAAAGCGAGAUCACCAAGCUAUUACAAUCGAACUCUUUUCUAUCAAAUGAACUAAAUGACUCCAUUGAGAAACAGAAGAUGUUUGAACAUGAUUUCAGCAAUCUUGUUACUGAAGCUGUCAGCAAAGAUAUCCUUAGUGUGAUUUUUAGAAGCCUUCACGAAGAGAGGACAUUGCAGCUGAAGUCUUUGCAUAAUAACUUUGGCUGUUUGCAAACAGCCGGCAGUGAGCUUUAUCAGGAGAUCAAGAUGAUGAACACGAGGCUUGGAGACAUAGAAAUCGAGAACAAGUACCUUGGCAAAGAACUAAGUACAACUAUGAGUGUUUAUGGUGGAUCUAUUGUGCAAACUGCAACAGGAAAAGAAAAUCCAGGGCGAAGAGAUACCAACCUUCUGAAUUCUAGCAGGAAAACCCAAGAUUGUCAUAGAUUUGUAAAAAUCUACUGCAUGGUCCAACAUAUUGUCAUUAUCUUCAAUCCAGCCAUCUGGGCCUUCCAGGCCUAUGAUCCUCUUCUUCCUAUUGCGUUAAUUAGCUACAACCUGAAAGUAGACGCUCUGUUCAAGGAAAAGGUCCUUGAGCUCAUCAUAACAUGCGAGAGUUUUGAGAUAAGUGCCAUGGUACAGAAGGAGGUUCUGAAGGAAGAAAUCAUACAAAGAAAUUCGUAUGUAGAUGAGCUAAAGGACAAACUAAAUGCUGUUGAGAUUGAGAACAGAAGACUGAAGGUCGACCUAAAUGGUGAUUUCACAAUGUUAGGGUCAUUGCAGUCUGAAGUCAGUGCCCUGGAGGAACAAACCUUGUCCCUUGCCAACGACCGCUUGCAAACAAAUAAGCUCAGUAUGGAGGAAAAUGCAUUAUCUCCUCACCUUGUGAAGAUCACAACACGAUCGGGCGGCCGCCGGUGGAGCCAGGGCGGCCGGAGGCAGAGUGGCGGUGGUGCUACCAACACUCCUGACGUGGAGCCUAUGCCUUCCGUCUUGGGCCCUGGCGCAGGUGCGUCCAGCUUUGAAGAUGAAGCUGCUGACGUGGGCGAAGCUGUUGCGUCUGACAAGGAUGAAUCUGUGUCUCUGAGGCGCGCGCGGUCUGUGAAGGCUUCUCUUCUUGAGGAGUCUGAAGCUGAGUUGGAGGACCGGGCGCGGCAUGUGGAGCCUCUGCGUGCGGAGCACACUAAAAUUGUGGAUGCCGCUCAGGGCAUUCUGAGUUUGGGUGCGAACAUUGCUGAAAACCCUUCUGGCAUGGGUCAGUUGGUUCUUGAGGCCACUGUUGAUGAUCGUCCCUCUGCGGCCGAUCAUGGCCUUUCUUUUGUUGGUUUGGGUGAUUUGGCUGAUGCACUGGGGCGUCGUGAGCACGGUAGGUCUUCGGUGCCUCUGCAGGCCGGCGGUGAAGAUCGCACUCGUCAUUACUCCAAGGGUGUUGAUUUCUACCAGCUGCUGCAGCUUAACCUUGAGCAACAAUGUGUGAGUCAUCAUAUGGCGGAGGCACUGAAGGAGUGGGCAUCUUUAGAGGUUAUCAAGCGCGACGAGGCAAUUAAAGGUCUCCAAAAGAAGUUAGAUAGUUUGGAGGGUUUCAACGAGAUGAAAGCUAAGGCUGACUCUUUGGAGAAGGACUUGGUUGGGUUGGAGGCUGCUAAAGAGCUAGCCUUGGAGAGGGCUCAGAAAGCCAACGAUAUUGCUGAAGGCCUCCGCAAGGAGGUGGAGGUGGAUGCGGAGAAGACAUCAAGCGCGGCACUGCUCGUGGAGGAUUUGAAGGAUGCGGAGAGUGCCUGCGUGACACAAGAUGUCGGCCCUCGGAAGUCUGGGAAGGGAGCUACCGAGGAGGCCAAGAAUUCUAUGGAGAGUACUGUAGAGGUGCAGAAGCCGAAGGAUCCUACCGUAGAUACCUCGAAGCUAGAGGAACCUGCACCUGCUCGGGCCCCUCCAGAGGUUAACCCCUAG